CCGUGUGUCAAGUCAUAAACUGGUACAGAAGACAGUCGCCAGCACUCGCGGCUGGUAUAGUAGCUGCCGUUUAGGUUUCAGACGCUUCGAAGUGUCUACGCCUUGUAAAUUUCUUACAAAAGCAGGCUGGAGAUGCUGCACGUCCUGCUCCUCCAUACUUUCUGAGACGACCUACUCCCGCCUGUAUGCGACGGCACGCGCUGCCCACUGGGAACGCGUCGUGUUUCGCGAUAAGAGGCUGCAAAAGAGGAGGAGUCUGCGAAGACUGGAGCUGCGGCUUGUGCGAAUGUCUCGUGCUUUUCCAACUGCUAUGGUUAUUGAGGAGUAGACAGCGUGCAACAUGGUGUUUGAGUCGGUGGUGGUGGAUGUCCUGAAUAGAUUCCUUGGGGAUUAUGUGGUGAAUUUAGACAGUUCACAGCUUAAGCUUGGCAUAUGGGGAGGCAAUGCUGUUCUCAAAAAUCUUGAUAUUAAAGAAAAUGCAUUGAGUCAACUGGAUAUUCCAUUUAAAGUAAAAGCAGGCCACAUAGAAAAGUUGGAACUGAAGAUUCCUUGGCAAAACCUCUAUACUCAGCCUGUUGAAGCCACCCUCAUUGGAGUCUAUCUCCUUAUUGUACCUACCGCCAGUAUAAAAUAUGAUUCUGAGAAAGAAGAAAAACAGCUACAAGAAGCUCGUCAAAGAGAGCUGCAGAGAAUUGAAGAGACAAAACAGAAAGCUGCAGAAAGAGAAAACCCAAAGCAAGAAAAGCAGGACACAUUUGUUGAAAAGUUAGUAACACAGGUUAUCAAGAACCUACAGGUGAAAAUCUCAAAUAUCCACAUUCGAUAUGAAGAUGAUGUGACUAACCCAAAAAUCCCAUUGUCCUUUGGUGUUUCACUUCAGAACCUCAGUCUUCAGACUGCAGAUGCAAGCUGGAAUCCAUGUGUUCUUGAUCAAACAGCCAAGUUGUUCUUUAAGCUUGUUCGUCUGGAUAAUUUGUUUACUUACUGGAAUGUAAACUCAGAACUUUAUUCUAAUCAUGUUCCACAUGAAGCCCUGGAGAACUUAAAGCAUGGAAUUGCCUUGCACAACCUGAUUCCAGAAGGUUAUGAUUUUAUUUUUCGUCCCAUUUCUGCCAAGGCGAAACUUAAGAUGAACCCCCGCUCAGAUAUUGACUUUUCUUCACCCAAAGUGGACUUACAAGUGAACCUGCAGGAUAUUGCCAUAGAGCUCAGUAGACCACAGUAUCACAGUAUUUUGGAACUUCUUGGUUCAGUUGAUAGGAUGACCCUCAACUUACCUUACCGAAAAUACAGACCAGAUGUACCUGUACACUAUAAUGCAGUAUUAUGGUGGAAAUAUAUUAUUACUGGCAUUCUGGAAGUUAAUGUUAAACCUAGACUUAGGAUGUGGUCAUGGAAGUACAUACAUCUGCAUCGACAACAUGUGAAGGAGUACAAAGAAAAGUAUAAAAGAAAGAUAACAAACAAGGAGCCAAGUGAGCAGCUGUUGAAGUCCCUAAUGGAAUCUGAAAGAACAUUGGAUAUCUUUAACAUCACUCUUGCUCGGCAGCAAGCAGAAAUGGAGGCUUCAAAGGCAGGACUGAAAAUUUACAGGCCUGGAGUAAAGAUGGAUGAAGAGGAGUCUGGAGGAUGGUUUGGCUGGAUGUGGAACUGGUCGGGUGAAAAGAAAGAAGAUAAAGAGAUAAAAGCUUCAGGCUUUGAAGAACUGAUGACUCCUGAAGAGAAGACAAAACUGUAUAAGGCCAUUGGGUAUAGUGAAACAGCCAUUGACUCCACUCUGCCAAAAGAGUUUGAAGCCAUGAAAGUGUCUGUCCAGUUAAUAAGCAUGUCUGUUUCGAUUAAAGAGAACAAGAGUAAACCAGACUUACUCAGAGUCGUUGUUAUUGAUCUGGGAGCACAGUUGACUCAAAGACCUGGUGCACAAGCUGUUAAAUUUUCUUCAAAAAUAAGCACAUUUGAAGUAAUUGGACUAGAGCAGAACAAGACUAGCCCAAUGUUGCUAUCCCAAAAGACGAAAACGAAGGAUCAAGAACUUCUUAGUGUUUUGUUUGAAACCAAUCCUCUUGAUGAAUCUGCAGACCAGAGAUUAAGGGUUGAAUCACAACCACUGGAAAUUGUGUAUGAUGCUGUUACUCUGAACAGCUUGUCAGAGUUUUUUAGGCCUCCGCAGGAUGUACAUUUGGAUGAGUUGACUUCAGCCACUUUGAUGAAGCUGGAAGAGUUUAGAGACAAGACUUCAACAGGAUUAAUGUAUGUGAUAGAAACUCAGAAAGUGUUGGAUCUGAAAAUCAACCUGAAUGCUUCCUACGUUAUAAUUCCACAGACGGGUUUCUAUACUUCUUCUGAAAACCUUCUUAUCUUAGACCUUGGACAUCUGAAAGUAAAAAGUAAAAGUCGUAAGGAUCUUCCUCAGUUAUCCAUUGGACAUAGCAGUAUUGAAGACAUUAUGUCUCGGGCAUAUGACAGUUUUGACAUACAGCUAAGCAGUGUGCAAUUACUUUUUAGCAAGCCAGAUGAGAAUUGGAAGGAAGCUAGAAAUCUGAGAAAAUCUUCUCUUCAUAUUUUGGAACCAUUGGAUCUGAAAGUUGAGUUUAGCAGAGCAAUGGUUGCAACAGAUUCACGAAUGCCAAAGUUCAAGGCUUUUGGGGAGCUUCCUUUGCUAUCUUUUUGUAUAUCUGAUGAAAAACUAAGAGGAACACUUGCAUUAAUAGAUAGCAUCCCAAUGGCAAGCAGCACUCCUCCGGUUUCCCAACCCCAGAAUACUCCACAGGUUUUGAAGUACCCUGUUACAAUGACACCUCAGCUGGAAUUGCAUAGAGAAUCAUUAACUAAUCUACGAUCAUCAAUUGUUUUUGAGUCAGAAUCAGAAGAAGAAUUUUAUGAUGCUCCAAGUUCACCUGUAGAAGAUCUGCCUUUUUUUGAUGCUAAAACUGCUUCUUUGGAAAGAUCAAAUUCAAUUAAAAGAAAGCAGCUAAAGAAGCAGGAAUCCAUAAAAAAUAUGACAAGUUUACAAAUGAGGUUUGAAAUAAAUGUGGUUUCAAUACAGUUGUCUCGUCUUUCUGGAAAUGCUGAGAUUACAGUUCUACAACUCGAAAUUGAGGGGUUAGGUACAGAGCUGAACUUGCGUACUUUUGAUAUGACGUCAAAUACGUUCUUAAAGGAAAUUUGUUUAAAAUGCCCUGAAUACAUGGAUACCGAGGAAAACCCUGUUCAGAUCAUUACUACCCUAGACAACACAGAAGAAGAUCUGCUUACUCUAGAGUAUAUAAAGGCAGAUAAGAAUGGGCCAGAGUUUACAACCCAAUAUAAGAAUACAGAGCAGCUUAUAAAGUUUAAUUUUUCCUCUCUGGAUAUGCAUUUACACACUGAAGCAUUGUUAAAUGCAGUGAACUUUCUGAACAGCCUUUUACCACCUUCAAAGAAAAAGGAGGCUAUUGAAGAACCGGUUACAGUUGUUGAUGAGGAGAAAAAAGAAGAAUCUACUCAAAGUAGAAAGAUGAGUACAAAGAAGUCCAAAUUUGAAGAUGUUGUCAAUAUGCAUGUCUGUGCUGUAUUGACAUGCUUAAAAAUUUUCAUUCGAGGUCAGAAACGGAGAAUUUCCGAAAUAAGCAUUGAAGGUUUGGACUCAGAAGUAGUCAUGAGAAAAAAAGCAACAGAAGUGAUGGCAAAGUUGAAGAAUAUUGUUAUUCUAGAUUGUCAUGAAAAAGCUCUUUAUAAGAAGGCUGUUUCCAUUGUGGGGAAGGAAGUGUUCAGCUUUAAAAUGAUAUCUUAUGUUGAUGCUACAGAAGGGGAUGCCUACACAGAUAUGAAUAUCGUUGAUAGCUCUGUCAGUCUCACAGUGGGCUGCAUUCAAGUCAUCUUUGUAAAUAAGUUUGUCUCAUCAAUUCUGGCUUUUAUAAAUAAUUUCCAAACUGCCAAGGAAGCUGUAACUGAAGCAACAGUCCAAGCUGCAGGGAAGGCAGCAACAGGAGUCCUGGAAAUGGCUGAGAAGAGUACCCGAAUGGCUUUGGAUGUCAAUGUAAAGGCCCCUGUGGUUUUCAUACCCCAGUCUGCCAUGUCUACAAAUGUAAUUGUUGCAGAUUUUGGUCUGAUUACUGUAAAGAAUCAGUUCUCACUUGUACAAUCAAAAAUGCAUAUCAAGAUCCCUCCUAUUAUUGAUGGCAUAAAAAUUGGAUUAAGUGACCUAAAAUUAUAUCGGACAACCUUUAUAAAUGGCAAGUUUCAGUUUGAACUUCAGCUUCUGCAACCAGUGAACCUGGAUUUGGUUGUUGAACGGAAUUUGUCUUCAUCAUGGUAUCAUAGCAUUCCAGAUAUCAAAAUUAUUGCACACUUGAAACCCAUGAAUCUUAUUCUCAGCCAAGAAGACUUGACUGUUGUGCUAAGAACCCUAAAUGAAAAUUUACAAGACAGUGAAGACAAUUCUGUCACUCCUCCAACAGUGGAUAUUUCCAAGGAUGUAUCUACUAAUGAUCCACAAAUGAAUCAGAAGCCUGGAGGUACUACAGUUAUCACAUCAGCAGUGGUGGAAGCUCAAAAGCCUACCAGACUUAAAUCAACCCUUAAGUUGAACUUUCAGUUUGACUCUUUGACGCUGGUAUUGUAUAGCUCUGCAGGAACACAGAUUACAACUUUGGAACCAAGAGAUGAACAUCUGAAACUUGCACAAUUUACUUUAGGAUUGAUUUCAACUUCUGUAACAAUGCUUUCUGAUAGUUCCAUGAAGGCCUCUGUAAAACUUUCAAACUGUCUGCUGGAUGAUAAACGUCAGAAAGUACAGAAGGCUUCCUGCAGAAUGGUGGAAAUGAAAUCUGGAUCUGAAAAAAAUGUGAUGGUGGACAUAAAUUACAGACAGUCAGCUGAAGGCACUGUUCUUGAUACAGUUGUCCGGGACAUUUACCUUUGUGCUAGUAUGGAGUUUCUUCUCACAGUUGCAGAUGUCUUUGUUCAGGCUAGUCAGCAGAGUUACAAAGCUACUCAGAACACCACCAAGCAAGUGGUGGUUGCAACAAAAGAGCAAGUAAUUUCCUCUCAGCCAGUUGCCAGAAUGGAAAUAAAUGUGCAAGUGAAAAAUCCAGAGAUUGUUUUUGUAGCAGAUUUGUCAAGAGGAGAUGCACCAUCUUUGGUAGUCACAACACAGUGUGAAGUCAGCAUUAAAAAUGACUCCAAUAUUCAACAGAUGACAGCAACCAUUAAAGAUCUGAAAGUUGUUGCUUGUCCAUUUUUAACUGAAAUGAGAAAAAAUAACAUCACAACAGUUCUCCAUCCCUGUGAUGUGUUUUUUCAAAGCUUACAGAAUACAGCUCUGCCACAAGAAAUUGAGCUUGCUAUUAAAUCCCUUACUCUGAAGGUUUCACCAAUUAUUAUCAACACAGUAUUAACUAUCAUCUCAGCACUUUAUCCGACUGCAGAGACUCCAGCAGAACUAACCAGUCCAGUUCCACCAAAUUUGUGGGAUACAAAAGAUGCUAAAGAUCUUAAUCUAUGGUUUCUAGAAGAACAAACUAACACUGAAGACAAACCAGUGACUCCACUCAUUCCUACAGGAGAGUCUUUGAAAAUGAAUAUUGAAUCAAUAAUAGUCACACUUGAGGCUGGUAUCGGACAUAGAACUGUCCCAAUGUUGCUUGCAAAAUCUAGUUUUUCAGGGGAUGUAAAAAACUGGAGUACCCUCAUCAAUCUUCAGAGCAGUAUACAUUUGGAGGUACACUAUUUUAAUGAGAUACUGGGCGUCUGGGAACCUCUUUUGGAGCCCUUGGAGAAGGAAUCCACUGAUGAUUUCAGACCAUGGUCCUUAAAUAUUAAGAUGAAAAAAAAACCUUUAAAGCUCAAAGAAGAACAGGAUGAGGUUGAUUUCAGCAUUCCUGAUUACAAAACUAUUGUUACCAUUUCUUCCAAAGAUCAACUGAAUAUGACAUUGUCAAACUGUGGACUGGUAAUGCUUAGCAAUCUUGGCAAGGCAUUUGCUGAUGCAGCUAGCCAGACUGCAGAAAAUUUCCAGAAAGACCAAGCACCUUUUGUUGUGAAAAAUUGCCUGGGGACAUGUGUUUCCAUAUCACAUAGCAACACAUUCAGUGUGAUUGGUGUUGAAUCCAGGAAGAAGGUGUAUGAAUUGCAAGAUGGAGGAACUCUGAACAUGGAUUACCUGAGAACCAUGACAGAGACUGAGCAGUUCACUGCCAUGACAUGCAUGAGCAGCAAGACACAUUAUAUUCAGCUUACUCCAAAUGAUCAUUUUCCUGCAGACAGAAUUUCUUUGGAAAAAGUGGGACGUGGCAUGUAUAGUGUACUUCAUCAGGCCUCAGGAGUCUUACGAUAUAUUGUUUGUCAUAUUUACACCUUGGAAGGUAGCAAGGUGGUAACAAUACACUCUCCAUUUCAGAUUAGGAAUCAUUUUUCCAUACCAUUCAAGGUUUUUGAUGAUUCAAAGCUUCUUGGAGUAGUUGUACCUCAGGAAGACUUUUGUAUUCCACUGAACUCAUACAGAUCUGCCCUUAGCUUGCAGCCAGAAGAUAACACUGACGGAAGUUACGAAAAAUGUGAAGAAUUUACUUAUGACAUAGUUGUGAAACAACUGGAAUCCAGCAUGCAAAGGAAAUGUCAUCAUUCUGGGUCUAAUCUCCAGUCGUUUAUUAUAAAUUUAGUUACAGUGGAAGAUUCUGUAACUGUUGGCGCAAAAGAGGAUAAAUUAGACAAGCCUUAUACUGUUCACCUUUGGCCAACAGUUCUUUUGAGAAAUUUAUUGCCUUACUCUAUUACAUACUCUUUAGAGGAAAAUGAUAAUCACACUGUGACCGUGAAGGAAGGCCGUUCAUCUGAAAUUCAUACUGCAGUUAUAGACCACACUAAAUUAAAAUUAUGUUUAUUGAACUACCUCAAUCAGGACUGGACAGGAGAAUAUAAUAUUAAAAGCAACCACCCAGAAAUUGACUUCAUUCAGUUCAGUGCUCUCACUGAUGAUGACAAAACAGAACUAGACAUUGCUAUCCAUAUAACAUAUAAUGUUGGUCAAAUGGUUAUUGCUCUUCAUAGUCCUUAUUGGAUGGUAAACAAAACUGGACGGUUACUGCAGUAUAAAGCCGAUGAUGUUCACCGAAAGCACCCACUAGAAUAUGAAUCACCUCUUCUUUUUUCAUUUAAGCCAAAGAAUUUUUUUCAAAACAAUAAGGUUCAGCUUAUGAUAUCUGAUAGUGAGCUAUCUGAUGGUUUUUCUCUUGAUACUGUUGGCAGCUAUGGUGAUGUCAAGUGUAAAGGCCGUCAAAAGGAUUUUAUGGUGGGCGUAAAAAUAGAUGCCAGCAGCUUUAGCUUGACUAGAAUUGUAACCUUCAUACCAUUUUAUAUGCUGGUUAACAGAACACAAUUGCACAUUGAAGUCUCAGAAGAAGGGAAAGAAAAUUGGACAUCAGUUACAUCAAAUAAUUCUGUACCCUUUUGGCCUGAGAAAGAUUCAAAGAAACUUAUGAUAAAAAUUUUGGGAUGUGAGAUGCCAUCUCAAAUGAUAGACUUUUGUAAACAAGAAAAUGGUCAUCUACUGCAUUUGGACAACAAGUUUGGAGGUGUCAUUGUGGAUGUCGAUGUGAAUGAGCAUUCUUCAGUUAUCAGAUUCAGUGAUUACCAUGAUGGUGCUGCUCCUUUUCUAAUUAUUAAUCAAACAAAAUCAGAAAUCAUUGAAUAUUAUCAGAGCAAAGAAAAAGAGAAACUGGAAUUACAUCCUGGUAAAGCAGUUUAUUACACCUGGACAAACCCAACUAAAUCCAGAAUAUUAAAAUGGAAAUGUGGAAAAAUAACAGGAGAAUUACAUCCUGAACAAGAUAAUUUCUUGGAACAAAGCAAUAUUUAUCUUGUAUCAUUUUAUGAAGGACUUCAGCGGGUUGCAUUGUUCACAGAAGAUAUUCAAGUAUACAGACUUAUCUGUGACAGUGAAAAAGCACAACUUGCCGAACUAGAUGUUGUAAUAUCAUUACAAAAUAUAGGAAUUUCUUUAGUUAAUAACAAUUGCAAGCAAGAAGUCUCCUUCAUUGGCAUAACAAGCUCGGAUAUUGUGUGGGAAACCAAACCAAAGCCAAAAUCAAGAUGGAAACCUAUGAGCAUCAAGCACUCAGAAUUACUUGAAGCAGAAUUUAGGCGAUAUAUAGAGUCUGGUCCUGUGAGUGAUUCAAUUAUUGAUCUUGCACCAGAUUUCCAGGUAUUUUUGACACCUACUGGCUCAGAAAUGAAAAUGUUUCUCCCCAAUGAAGCACCAAUCAGAAGGAACUUCUUACCAGCUUUAAAAGUGGAGUACAGUGUUUCGGCACGGCAGAAGUCCUACAGAAUUCAGCUUUAUAGGAUACAGAUCCAAAAUCAGCUUCCUGGUGCUAUCUUUCCAUUUGUAUUUUUUCCUGUAAAACCUCCAAAGUCUGUCACAAUGGAUUCAGAACCCAAGCCCUUGGCAGAUGUCAGUAUAGUAACUCGUUCUGCUGGACACUCUAACAUAUCUCGCAUAAAGUAUUUUAAGGUGUUAAUUCAGGAGAUGGACUUCAAGAUGGACAUGGGUUUCUUAUAUGCUCUUACUGAGAUUUUUACUCAAGCAAAUCAAGAAGCAGUGGCAUCAGGACUAGAGGUUGAACUUUUCGAAAAGGAUGUUGAGUACAUUAAAAUGCAGCUAAACUCAGGUUCUUCCACGGACACCUCACCAGUUAGCUUGUAUGAAUACUUUCAUAUAUCUCCAAUCAAGUUACAUUUAAGCUUUUCUUUAAGCACUGGAGGAGAGGAUGGAAAUAGAGAAAAACGAGAUACUGAAUUUAUUCCUGUUCAGUCUUUGAAUCUGCUGCUCAAAAGUAUCGGUGCAACCUUAACAGAUGUUCAGGAUGUAAUUUUCAAGCUGGGUUUCUUUGAAUUGACGUACCAGUUCUGCACAACUCAGCAGCUUCAGUGGGAAGUAAUUAGACAUUACUCUAAACAGGCCAUAAAGCAAAUGUAUGUCUUAGUGCUUGGACUGGAUGUCUUGGGAAAUCCCUUUGGAUUAAUAAGAGGUUUGUCUGAAGGAGUAGAAGCCUUCUUUUAUGAACCCUACCAGGGAGCCAUUCAAGGUCCAGAGGAAUUUGUUGAAGGCAUGGCACUUGGAGUGAAAGCCCUUGUUGGAGGGGCUGUUGGUGGUAUAGCAGGAGCAGCUUCCAGAAUUACUGGUGCUAUGGCAAAGGGAGUAGCUGCUAUAACAAUGGAUGAAGAUUAUCAACAGAAAAGAAGGGAAGAAAUGAAUAGACAGCCAAGUGGUCUUAAAGAAGGCAUUACAAGGGGUGGAAAAGGCUUAGUGUCAGGUUUUGUUAGUGGAAUUACAGGAAUUGUUACGAAGCCUAUAAAAGGAGCUCAAAAAGAAGGAGCCACUGGCUUCUUUAAAGGAGUUGGUAAGGGCCUUGUGGGUGCUGUUGCUCGUCCUGCAGGUGGCAUUAUUGAUAUGGCAAGCAGUACAUUUCAAGGAAUUAAGAGAGCCACAGAGUCUUCUGAAGAAGUCGAAAGUCUCCGUCCACCUAGAUUCAUACAUGAGGAUGGAGUCAUUAGACCAUACAGAGAAAGAGAAGGUUUUGGUAGCCAAAUGUUACAGAAAAUAGAAAAUGGAAGAUUUGCCAAAUACAGAUACUUUGCCCAUGCAAAGGUGAAUGAUUCAGAUUUCUUCAUGAUCACAAAAAGUUGCAUAUUCUUUGUUACAAAAGGAACAUUUGGGCAACUAACUUGUGAGUGGCAAUACUGUUUUGAUGAGUUUACCAAAGAGCCAAUGAUAGUUGAAGGUCGAAGGCUCCGCAUAGAAGCUAAGGAAAGAGUAAAAUCUGUGUUUCAUGCCAAAGAGUUUGGAAAGAUAAUUAACUUUAAAACUCCUGAAAUUGCUAAGUGGGUCCUUAACAAACUAGAGGAUGCGAGAGAUAACCUAUCAAAGUGCUAAGAUGUCAACAUUACUGGACACUUUUACUUGCCUUGAAUUUUUGUGCAUGUUUGAAGUGUGUUUAUGUACAGUAAUUGUCAAUGUGCACAAAUCUAAUUCUAAAAUUGUUAAGCACAUUGUAAUGCAUUUUUUACAUUUAUUAUGGCCAUGUGGUAAUAGUAUAUUAUUUUUUAACUUUUAGGUAAUGAAUUAAUGAUUGAAAAGGGCAUUGCUCUUCCAGGAGAUUUUUUUAAGAACUUGGUUAUAUAUUAUGUCAGUUAUAUUUAUACAUUUACCCUGUAUCUUUUUCAUAACAGUUAAUUGUUUUUGUACCUUACACACUACAAUAUAUGAAACCUCUUCAAAACUUAACAAAGUUCAGGUGUGGGGGCAAAUUUUAUUAAUUUUUUAGGUAAAAUCAUACAUAAAGCAAAGUGGUAGUUCAUUCUUUAUGCAUGACAGAGAUAUUAUUUUUAGUAUUUAUUUUGUAUAUCCUAAAAUGAGUGUUGAUUUUUUAUUUUGACAUUCAUUUUUGAACUAGUGACAGUAUCUUCAAAGAUAUAUUAAAAGACAUGUUAAUAUGUAGAAUUAUUAGUUAUCCUUGUCACAUUAAAUUUGCUGAUUAUAUAAUGAUUUUAGUUGGUCACCUAACUUAGGUUGAAUUAUAAUGUUUUAAAAAAAAAAGCUUGAACGUUUUCUCACAUUUUACCCCUUACUCAUCAACCAUACAAAUAUAUGAAUAGAUUUGAUUUGGCUUCACAUAACACCUCACCUACUAGAACUAACCCUUUGUGUAUGGAAAUAAAUAAUUUGCUGAAAAUAUAUUAAUUUCAUAUGUUGAAUCCUGUACAAAGCUUUGACAUAUAGUGCAUUUUUAGUAACACAAUUAAAAUGUUAAAAAUGUAGUAAUAUAUUUUUUUCCUCAAAGGUGACCUUUUCUUUGCUUAAAUAUGAAGAGUCACUCUGAAGCCAGCUGCUGUACUAAAUGACAUAUAAAACCCCAUUUAACUUUGUGGGUAAUCUAAGUAAUAAUUUACCCCAGUUUGGUAAAACAUGAUACUGUUCAUGAAUAUAGCAACUCUUAAAAUUUCUGUAAACAGGAUUAAUGUUGAAAUGUGCUGAAAUAAUCAAAUUUUACGUUAUGUAUUGAUAAUGUGCAGUAUGCUACCUUGAUAUGUAGCAUUGCCUAAAUAGUUCAUGCCUGUCAUUUGCAAUAAAGUGCUUCCAUUUCAGUCUCUUACUCCCACAGCUUCAACCUUAGACUGUUUUCAAUGUAGUUAAAGGGAAAGACAGGGUUUGACCAACCUAAUUGUGAAAUCUCCUGAGAAAGUGCUAGCCACCUGUAUCUUCUUAAUCGUAACAAAUGGAAAAACAAUAACGUCAAAACAGGAACAUUUUAUUGAUAUUGAUAAACUUUAUAAUUUUAUUCAUCCAGCUUCACAUAGUACUGAAUCAUGUUUGCUUGACUUAAUAAAACUGGUAUUGUACACUAUUAAUAACAACAUUAGGGUUGCUUAUGUUUCAAUCCACUGUUAACACACUCAUUUUAUGAACCAUGUUUAUGUGAGAUCUUUCUGUAAAUAGUAGAGGAAAAAAUUGACUAAUCAUAAAUUCUUCAAAUUAAUUUAUUUAUUAAGCCUUCAGAAGAUCAUGAAGUAUAUUUUAAUUGAGUUAGUACUUUUAAUAACAUACUUUGUUUUUUUCUGUAUUAACACAGUUUAAUGGAAUUAGUUGUGAAUUCUUUACUUAAGUUUUCAGAAAAUUGAAUCAUUCUAUAGCUAGUUAAUGUCAAAAAUUUUAAGUAAUUUUUUUUCCUUUGCAUUUACAUGUUGUCUUUAUUCCCUAGACAUAGGUUUAUUUUUUCUUUAGUAGAUCAAUUAUACUUAACUCCAGUACAAAUGUUAACCAAUGUCAUUUUCAUCAUAUGUGGGUUGACUAGUCCAAAACAAGAGUUAAGGCAACUUUUUGCUAAGAUUACGAGUAAAUUAUAGUUUAAAAUGAAGAAAUUUCAUAUCCUGAAAACUGUGUAGUAAAAUAUUAAAGUGCUGAACUGGCUAUUACCAGUCUUAGCAGUUUGUAACACUUUGUAAUUGCUGUAUCUGUGAGUGUAACAUCAUGAACAUUAACAGUGCUAAUCUAAGACAAUAAGUGUGUUAAAUUUGUGAAAUUUAGGAUGAGAACUUCAGGCCUUCCAACACAGUGAUGUGAUUUACCUUAUAAGAACAGCGAAUGGAUAUCAGUGCAGCAUACCUUACAAUACAGCACUAAUUGCCAAUGAGAUUAUCCCAGAACAAGGAGUUAGCUAAAAGUGGUGCCAUAAUUUUGUAUUUAAUAUCAUUCUGGGUCAACUCAUAACUUCUAAACAAUUUCCCCCAUUGAGCUUGACACAUUGUUAAUAUACAAUUUUAAAGCAUUGUUUUAUUUUCUUAUAGAAAUUGAAGUGUCCUACACAUAUCAUAGUGCAAUAUUUCGUUUGACAAAUACACAUGUGGGUCAUAAAAAGCUGUCUGUAUACUAUAUACAACUUCUUGUUUCAUUAAUAUAAUAUUCUUCCCAUCUUAACUCAGGGCCGCCUGGGUGCAACUAUAUAAUGCUAAUUCAGAAUGUAAAUCAGAGACCAGUUUUGUAGGUAAUGUUUUAUUAAAUAUUAACUAGUACUGCGAAAUAGAAUUUAAAAAGCACCAAACUAUGCAUUAAAUACGUUAAUUCUGAUCUUGUGUCAGAAGGUGAAAGAGAUACAGAUGGGUUAACCAUUCCAGUUCAUUUGACAGACUGAUAUCCACUGCACUAGACAGGUAAUAAUCCCAGUUUUUUCAGUAUAUAAUAAUGGCCUUCCUUUCUGAGUACUGUUUACACUAUUCUAUCCCUUAUGGUUUACAGGGGUAGUAGAAGCAAAACUAUUUUCUACAUUUCUAUUGUAUCCUAUGUAUAAUCAUGUAGUAUUGUAGAUGAUCCACUUUAACAAAUGCAAACUUUAAGCAGUAUAGGCAAAAUAAAAUAAUUUUUGUUGUAACAUCACAUGCAUGAAGUAUUAGUUUGGUCAUAAAAUAUAACAGUUGAAGGAAAAGUGCACUAUUUACAUCCUAAGAAACCAACUGCAAUCUUGAUUUCACUUAAUUAGUAAGUACUUCAUUUAAUAUUUUGAUUAUGUACACUGAAAGGAAUAUGUAAUUCACAACUUUGUUCUAUUUUCUAUGCUUUAAUUUUGGCUUAGGAGAGAUGUAUUCAGUUUUUAAUUCAGUGUAAAAAUAGACGGUUUUUUUACAAACUGUGUGCAGUAUUUUUUUUUUGAACUUCCUGCAUUGUUUAUGAUAUAAAUUAGAUGUUUACUUAGUCCAGUUUGCGAGCAAAGCCUUAAUUUCUCUGUCCAACUCAUGAUGUACAGAAUUUGCAUAUCUUUUUUUCCACUGGUUUCUGUACAGCUUUUUAUAAAUCUAAAUUGCAGCAUGUUAACUGUUAAAACAUAUUAAAUGGUGGGUUGCAGACAUGUAUACAGUUAAAACUUUGUCAGUAUGUUUUAAGUGUACAGUAUAGUUUACCUGUAAGAAUAACAUAUGGACUGAUGAAUGCAACGUGUAAUCUGCAGUGUUCUAAAAUUGUAAAUUGUAUGGCUGCAGUGGUAAAAGAAAUUGAAUAAAUGUGUUUGUAUGUUCUGUAUAUCUGUUAGUAAUUAAAGGAAAAAGUGCAAUUUCUGGCCUAGCUGUACUGAAUAAAAAUUGGGGGAGAAGUGAACAAAA